AUGAGUGAAUCAGAGAGUAGUAGCGGUGAAGAAGUACAAAGCAUUCUUGCGAUUAAUGUACCAAAGGAAGUGAAUAAAAGAUACUAUAAAUUGCUAUGGGGGAAUGGAGAUGAAACUUGGGAGCCUGAAGAGAAUUUAACGGGAUGUGAAAAGCUCAUAGAAGAAUUCUUUAGGGAUGUCCCGGAAGCUGUUGAAAUAUAUAAUGAUUCCGUAACAAAAGAAGCUGCUGAAAAUGGCUUAAUACCAAAAUUAAGAACAGUGCUAACAAAAACCAGAAAAAGACCUAUGAGAAAUCAUUUAAGAUUUACUAGAAGUACAAGAAAUUCUACAAACUCUAGAGCUAAAAGUAAAAAAGUCAAUACAAAAAUCAAAAUUACAAAAAUAGUCGAUACCCCAAUAAAGAAUCAAUCUGAAAACAAUGUCAUUACUAAUGCUUCGCCUAAAAAUAAAGUAAAAGCAAAUGAACCUCCUCCACCAAAUUAUCCUAAAAAUAAAUUCGAAUCUGAAAGUGAUUCAAUUGAUAUUAAUCUAGUAGAAGAACCUGAAUCAAGUGGAUCAAACAUGGACAAUAAUACAAAUAAUUUUAAGGGAACUUUCGAAGAAAAUUCUUCCUCAUCUUCAGAAUUACCAUCAAUACUUGCUAUAUAUGAUAGUCCUAUCAAAGAAAAUGAAACAAAGUUUGAAGAAGAAAAGAAAUCAGAAAGAGAAAGUGAUGAUGACAGUCAAAAUUCAACUUAUAAAUUUGAUACUGAAAGCGAAUCCGAAAUUGAUCAAGAUGCGAUCUUUGAUUCAAGUUUAUCGGGCUCGUUAAAGAAAGGAGAGUUAUUUAAAGUUAAUUGGGAAAAUUGUUUCCCAAAUCUCGAUCGAUUUUACGAUAAUGAUAAGAAUCUUAAUGACUAUGCUCAACUUAAGUCAAAUUCAGCUUCUUUCCAAGUUUUAAGCGUUUCUUCGAUUGAUAAAAUUUUUGGAGAAGACAGCUACGUUGUUUCCAUAAAACUUGCAGAUGUACCACAAGAAAUGACGAUUCCAUUAGAUCUUGCUCGCCACAUUUGCCCAGAAAAAAUUAUUGAUCUAUUAGUUUCUUCAAUUUAA